AUGAAGAGUGAGUCGAGCUGCGUGGAAACAUCUGGAGCUGCACUCCAGAUGACAGAGCUGACAACCCAGCAAGCCGGAGAGGGAAUCGCGGGGAAGCGAGACGAGCGCGAGCAGGGGGGGUUGGCGCAAGGAGGAUCAACUGGAGCCAAACCGGAGCGCUGUCGCUUCGGUGGCAGCGAAACUCCGUGCGUAAACGAACCAAACUGCGAUGAAGAUGCCUCCGUUGAGAAAACUGGUGAAUAUUUGAUCAGGCAGAGUGAAUUUGAUGACUAUGAGGAGGAGGAGGAGGAGGAGGAGGAGGUUGUUAGUUUGGUGCGUUCCGACGACUCCGGCCAGUGCGUAACGGAGGACGAGUCCCACUACAUCACCACGCACGAGAUCGAGCUGUCGGAGCUCUCCGACCUGGAAGGAGACUGCGACCUGGGCGCGGGCUCUUCCACCAGCUGGGACCUUGACGAUGGCUACCAGGUGUACUCGUUUGUGGUGUACUCUUUUGAGGAGAAUGAUGUAGAGGGAGAAUGGGGGGUCGGCCGCCAGCCGCGCGCUCAGGGCGCUGCGGGACCAGUCAGCAAUGUGCUGAGAAGUGAUCCGUGCCACGCAACCGUGUGCGCCAGCGUAGAUGAGAGCGUGUCCAAGCCCCCGCAGCAUCAUCAUCAUCAUGAGCAGCAUCAUCAUCAUCAUCAUCAUGAGCACCAGCAGCAGCAGCAGCAGCGGGGCGGCGGAACCAGCGCGGGACAGAUCCACCUGUCAAUCACAACGACUUCUCGAGCUAUAAAUGACACUAGCAACAUUCAAGAACAGGGAAACAUUCUUUAUCAUGCCAGGAGCUCCGGAGACGGGGGUCGUUAUGUGUUUAGGGGAGUUGAUGGGAAGGGAGAGGCGCUGCGUGACACGGCGCAGUGUCUCAUAGCCGCUCCGGGACGCGUCCACUUUGGCAGAUUGAGAGGAAAGGAGGUGCAGGACUAUUCCAGUGGUACGUCCAGUGCUGUCAGCGAGCUGGACGACGCUGACAAGGAGGUGCGCAACCUGACCGCCAGAGCCUUCAAGAGCCUGGCUUAUCCAUAUUUCGAUGCCAUCAAUUUCAGCACCUCCAGCGAGUCUUCUGCAUCCGAGCACGGGAUAGGGAUGAACAGAUGGUCUGCGUUUGUCGACCUGAAAUAUGGCAACGUGAAUAUGUCACACGGACUAGACCAAAGUCUCUGCCAAAACUCAAGGGCCUCACUUGAAAUAGCCAAAAACAUUGAAAAUAGGGGUUAUAAGGGCAUUGCACUGGCAAGCAUCAAGCCGCCCAGCAGCGGGAUAUUCACCCUGAAAGGCGGCCCUCACGCCGCAUCGGCAUCUACUCAGAAAAUACAGCUGAUGGGGAAAUUUGCGCAGAGCCAAAGUGGGGUGAUAAGGCUCACGGAGACUCUGAAUUUUCGCUGCAAUGUCAAAUCGGGAAUGUCUGGGGGAGAAAGAGGCACUCAAUUUUCACAAAACGCUGCAGGAUCACGUUCCACGGAUGAAGUUACCAACAAGCUGCUGAGCGGCCAGCUGAGGGGGGGCAGCAAGUCGCCCGUUCAAACCAUGGAAGACGUGCACAAGAAGGCCGUAUUCGCGUCGAGCCUGAUCCAAAAUGUGAUUUCUAAGAAAAUGCAGUUCGAGCAGGAGCAGAAGAUGGAAAGAGGGGAGAUAACCGAGCCUUAUCAGACGCCUUCCCCGAGCUUUACGCACCAGGACAGCGAGGCUCACACGGGGAAGGGGGGCAGAGAGCUGCAGGCGCGCAGCUCCAAAUUCUCUGAGAGCAGCUCUGACUACGCUAUAAUGUGCAUGGAUGAAUUAGGAGACUUCGUGGACAGCGGCUCAUGUGAUACCAAGAGCGACUCCUGGAGAAAAGACGCGUCCGCUCCUGCAACUGAAUCUAAAUUAGAGCCAGCGAGGGAGGCUGGAAUCGAGACUAAAAAAGGCGCAUUGGAAGCGUCCAAAAGCACACUACUUCGCAGCCAAAAUAGCGCGUUCAGAUGCUGGAAGGACGAGGAGGUUAGGUUUCAAAAGGAUCAUAAAAACGACAAAACUCUGGGGGGCAAGCUGUGUUCGGCUUAUCAAAAACCGGGCGAGUGGGAUCCGCGCUCGGAGGACGACAGCAAACUGACUAAAAUGUCUCAUUUGUUUGUUCCAAGUAUCCAACUGGUGUCCAGUGACCAAGAAGUGGGACAACAGCUGCAGCGCAGAGAUUAUUCCCAAUGUGGAGAUGAAGGCGGAAUGAAACUGCGCUCUAACAACACCUUAUACAUCACAGACUCCAGGACUUUGGCAACAUCCAAAUCUCCGGAAAUUAAAAUUAAUUUAAGGAGCGUCAGAGACGAUAAAACGGAACCCUUUGGCGUGUCCAAACUGCGCCCUCCUAAUAUAGACUCGAAGGCACAGAGCCUUAUCAGAACAGAUGACUUCAAAUGCCAAGCACUGGCUGCAGCUUUGAAGGGUGAGUCCACAGAUAAAGUUCCACAUUUCAUGGUGAGAGACAUUAGAGAUAAUAAAGGGAAAUUACAAACUCCCAUUCACCAAGUCAGAGAUGUGCGUAAAUUGGUUAAAAGUUCAUAUCAUUUUGUUUCUUUGGAUAACAACGAAAACAAAUCCAACUUUGCCUCUGUUGACAGUCAUAUAGAGCAACAGAAGCAAAUGCAGAAUCGGAAUCGCAAUUCUGUGUCCCCCAUUGUGAUAAAGUGUCAAUCUGUGAAUACGAAUAAUACCACGAAACAAUCUGGGAAUCUUGAAACAACCAACCAGGAGCCUUUGGACACGGGCGGUUUGUCUACAGAGGGCGCUAUAAAUGCUCCACUACAGAGGGCCGCAGGGAGAGCCCCGUUAACGUCCAACAGCUCUUCUGAAGGAACUAUUGGGCUCAGAAUUGAGAGCAAAGACACCCCAAAGAAGCAGGAAAAAAUAUCUGACACAGAAAAGAAACCAGAGUCAAAAAUGGCAAAUCGGGUGGCUUUUGAGAAACUCCAAGCUGCUGUGAAAACCAUGGAACAGCUUUAUGUAUUUGAAAAGAAUGAAUGGAAGAGGAAGCGUGAACCGCAGCCCCUGAUAGGCAGCCAUGUGCUGUCAAUGAUAGCCAAUGAGGAGCACGGAGGACCUGAGGAGGACGGAGCAAAAGGCCCCAACAUGGACCGGACAGACAGGGGAGAUUCCUAUCCCAACAUGGAUAAAACGCCAGCGUCACCCAGCCUUCUAAGGAGGGAGGACAGAGACCAAGUGAAGUCCCUUCAGACAUUCAGCAGCCGUGAUGUGAGACUGUCUGCCAACAUCAGCCAAAGCUAUUACGCCGCAGGAAGCAAAAACACAGCCAGUCUCCAUUCUAACUUCAAGACCUCCACAACUGCAAAUACCCGGCUGUCAAACACCAUCACGCAAACACCUUUUAGCAACAAAACCUUUGUCCCCAGGUCUCCUAAAUCACCUCUGUCACUAAAGAUUAGCCAGACAAGUGGAAACAAGCAACUUGGAUCAAAGGAUGUGGAAAUGUUUGAACAUCAGUUUUCAAACACAUCAGCUGACAACGUGGACUACCUAACCAUUCCGGUCAAAUCCCACUCCAGCACCAGAACGCUACCUUCAUCUGCUGAUAAAACAUCAGUAUACACAUUUGCCACCCAGCUACAGCCGAGCCCUCCUCCAGCGCGGGAGGUAGCUGGCGCCAGGGGCCAGGAGGACCACAACCAGCCCACCAAACGCUCUAGCAUCGUGAUGGAGACCCGUCCUUCAGAGAUCCCUUCUGCUGCCAUCUAUCACUCUUUGCCAAUGGGGAUGUCCACCAUUCAGCCACACAUGUACUGUUUUUCCCCGGUGUUGAGCCCAGCCCCCACUAUUGAUCCCUUUCAGACCACUCAGAGGAAGAUGCUCCUGGAUCCCACGACUGGGAACUACUUCCUGGUGGAUACUCCAGUGCAGCCAGCCACAAAGCGUCUCUUUGACCCAGAAACAGGCCAAUAUGUGGACGUGCCCAUGCCACAGCCUCCCAUGACGCCUGUACACAUGCCCAUCUCCCCGUUGGCCCUCAGUCCUGGAGCAUAUGGCCAGCCCUACAUGAUCUACCCAGGCCUGAUGGCGGCGCCUCCGGUGAUGCCUCCCCGAACAUUGGUGCCGUCACAAAUGGCCGUGCCGCUGGAGGAAGAGAGUGGGGAAAAAGCCUUUGCACAGCAGACUGAAGGGAUGUACAUGGAGAGUCCCUUCUACAUGGCGACUGGGAGGUCUUCCCAGGGGGCCUCAGGGGCCCAGCAACAGAAUAACCGGGCAGCGCGUGGCCUCUCCACCGUCAAGCAGCCCGUCAUCAGCAUCACCUCCCAGCAGGGGCCCCGGAUCGUUGCCCCCCCCUCAUUUGAUGGGACUACCAUGAGCUUUGUGGUGGAACACGGAUGAAUGUCAGCUCACCUGUACAGGACUGAGGCUGCACUGCUCCUGGUUUUGGUCCCCUCUUUCUUUUACAUGUUCUUUUGGUGAUCAAUGCAAUUCUGCUGGUGUUUGUAUAAAAGUAUUCGUUCACAAUUUUGAAUUUUGUACAAACAUAUAUUUCAAGGUUUUAUCGGCAUUGUAAAAAAAAGAAGAAUUACAUUUUAAAAGAUUUAAAAGACUUAUCUUACACAGUAAGUCUAUAUUGUAUGUGUGACGUUGCAAGAACUACGAUCAGUAAACACUUCACCUAAGGAGGGUUACAUUUUUUGAGAUUCUUGUAAAAAAGGUCAGAUUAUCUUUGGUUGUUUUAGUUUUUUUUGACAAUAUGUGUGAUCAAUAUGUUUGUCCCAAUGGUUUAAGUGCCAGCAAAUGAUUACAAUUACUAACAGGUUUUCAAAUAACUUUAACUUUCACAAUUUUAAUGUAGUUUUAAUGUUUUUAAUGCAGAAAAAUGUUUUAAUGUACAGUAGCUCAAGUUUGUUAUCAACUUUACUGAGUUCAUAUUGCAUAUUGCAAAGAUCCAUGAGGUCAUUUCUCAAUUCCUCAUGCAUGAACUGUGCACAAAGGACUCAAAAAGGCAUAAUUUGUAACAUUGUUAUAUAACACUAAUAUUGUUAUACAACAGUUUUCAUAAUGUGGCAUGUUUUUUUUUUUUAUUUCCCCUUCACAUAAAAAUAAGAAAUUUCCAAGAAGCUCGAGGAUGUGAUGUGAAAAAGGUCCAAAUAUAAUGAAACUAUAUUUCAGCAAGUUUUCAAAAGUAAAAAUGGGGCUCUGAAAUGUUACUGAAUGUUUCUGAAUGUCCAAAUGCUGUAAACCUUUAUAAAAUACAUAUCAAGUUUUUCUUUGUGAAAGUACCAUAAAGUUUUGAGAUUGUAGAACAAAAUGCGUAAAAAGUGGUAGACAAAUUCUGACUCUUCACUUGCAAAUGUGUGAGCUUCUAAAGUCAGAUAUUUGAAAUAAAAACUAAAAUUCUGACAUAAAUUGUGACUAUGAGUUGAGAGAUUUACAGAAAUCUUGAAAAAGAAAAAGAGUUUACAGAAGCUGAAUUUUUCGAGUUUAUAGUCAAAAAAUCUGUUGAUGAAAUUUCUAAAAUUCUUACCAUCGAACUUUGUGACCCAAUAAUUCUUAAUUUGUGAAAAAAUA